AUGAGCCAAAGCGAUGUUGAUGAAAAUUAUAUUGAAAUUGAUAGUCAAGAAAAGGCUUCAAGUGACCUUUUUUUCCAGCAAUCAAGCCAAAAUGAAGUUAAUGAGGUUGCUAGUAUAGAAACUCCUG